AUGCAGGACCUUGAGGCUCUUAUGACGGUGACAGAAGACAUUAUCCAAGGAAAGAAUAUGCAUUUUCGCCAUAGGCCUGUGUUAGUGCCGCCGUACGGCGAUCACGAUUGGUCUGUGUUACGUUAUGGGUAUGAGCGUCACCUCAUUAUGGCAAUGAAUGAUCUGGGACUUUUGAAGCCUGUUUGUCUGUUCGAACAAUUUUUCGACCACAAGCUCCGUCUCAAUAAUAUUCCGUACGACGAAUUUGCCCCUUUUUCGUGCUGUACUGGUGUCAUCAGUACUGCAGCUGGUUCGGCGAUGGUUUCAGUUGGUGCUACCCGCGUCAUCUGCGGAAUAAAGGUGAAGGUGCUGCCUUCUCCUGAGAACGCAGCAUUACCCCUCAUUUGCAACAUUGAGCAUAUGAGUCUAGCGCAGCGAGGCCAGCGCAUCAGCCCAGCUCCCUCUAAAGAGCUUCAGUCGCUUGCUGUUCAGCUUGAGUGGAUCCUCAUCUCAGUCGCGCUUCCUGAUGUCAAAAGCCAGCUUCUCAUCCAUUCUGAAAGAGACGGUGUGGGCGGCUCCUUCUCCUCUGGUACCUAUUUGAUUCACAUUGAUGUGGCAAUCGUCCUCGAUGACGGAUGUCUCCUCGACGCUUGUUUGGCUGCCGCUUUGGCUGCUCUCGAAACAGCCUCAUGGCCUCGAUUAGUCGCAGUUCCUUUGCCUCUUCAGACUACAGGCUCCGCUGUUUCGGCUCUCAAAAUGGAGUUCAGGGAGAAAACUCCCAUUGAAGUUAUGAAGCUGGUUUUGUCUGAGCGGCCGGUGGCGCUGUCGUUCGCGCUGGUUCCGCGCGCCCCUCCCAAUGCCUCCCUCGAGGCCAUUUUUCAGCCGUCUCGGAGCGAGAAUCUGUUGUGGGACACCGAUGCCUCCAUUUGCCGCCUCGUGGUGGAUUCGCAUGGCCGCGUGGUCGAUUUCGCCAUGGUUGGCGGAAUCGCUUUUGGUCUGUGGCAGCACCUGGACAUUAGCAGUACCAGCGAAAACACCAUCAGCAGCCUAGUCAGGCAAAUUAUAUCACGAGCAACUGAACAUGCACCACUUGCCGCAGUCAUGGGUGCCGAACUCUACUCCGUCACUCGUGGAGAGGUAGUCAGCAUCAAGGCGUUUGGUGCAUUCGUCCGCCUUGAAGGCACCGACAGACAGGGUCUACUUCACCGCUCUGCCAUUUCCAACCAUCCAAUCGACAACGUGUCCGACGUUCUGGAGAUCGGCGAAAAGAUCUUCGUUAAGAUAAUCAGCGACAGGGAUGGCAAACUGGGUCUUAGCAUGAAAGUGGUCAACCAAACAACGGGGGAGGAUAGGGACCCCAAUAACCUUAUCAUAGCGGAAAUUAAAAAACGGAAACAAAGCACGUUUCGUGCCCAAAGCCCUAUUCGGCUAGGGGCUGAGUUGAACACGGUAUGCAAGCGAUGUGGUGUUAAAGGACACUUGGCAAGUUCAUGUUUUGCCCAAACUGAGGGUGAGUUCCUCGGAUUAGUGACGUCAGGUUCGGAAGAAGACGCUGAAAAGUUGUCCACUUCUGCAUCUCGUAAGAAUAAGGAGAAGGGGAAGCAUUCAAGGCACCAUCAUUCAUCUGCGAACAGGAAGCGAAAGGAACGUGAAAGGAGUAGAAGUCUAUUUGGUGAUGCCAUCACGAAGUCGAAAUCGGUCACGAACGCAGGAAAAAUACAGAGUUUGAUUCCAAUUGGCAAGUUGCUGCAUGCACCAACUUGUGUGUGCAUUAACACGAUGGCUCUUCUUCCGGCAGAAAUUAUUGAGUCCAAAACGAAGCAGACUGCCACUUUCAUUUUCCUUCAUGGAUUGGGAGACAGUGGUUCUGGUUGGGCCGAUACUCUUCGCAAUGUCGUUCCCCCCUACUGCAAGAUUGUCUGUCCUAAUGCAAGGGAUAUCCCUGUGACACUAAACAUGGGGAUGGUGAUGCCUGCAUGGUAUGAUCUUUACAGCCUUGGUAUCGGUGCUAAGCAGGAUGAACCCGGUAUCCUCGCUGCCACAAAAGAGGUGGCGAAAUGGGUGGCUGCCGAGAAGGCUGCCGGAAUUUCCACGGAUCGAAUCGUAAUUGGUGGAUUUUCCCAGGGUGGCAGCAUCGCCCUUUACUACGGAGUGACCAAUGUAGAGCAGAAACUCGCCGGUCUCGUUGCUCUCAGUUGCUGGCUUCCUCUUCACGAAAAAUUUGUCUCUGACAGCGGCGUUGCGACCGCAAACCGAUCCAUACCCAUUCUUCAGUGCCAUGGUAAAAUGGACCCUAUUGUUCCUUACGAACUGGGCUCACUCACCAACUCCAUACUACACAAGCUCGGAUUUACAAACUGCUCAUUCUCGUCGUACCAAGGCAUGGGUCACUGUUUCUGUAACAGUGAGAUGGCUGACGUGAAGGCAUUUUUGAGCACAUGCCUCCCGCCAAUGGAUAAGUAG